AUGAAGACGUUUCCCGCUGUCAUCGCCGCCAUUAUUGGAUUUGCAUCCUGUGGCUCAGCUCACAUGCAGAUGAAGGAUCCUCCUCCUUUCCUCUCCAAGUACAACAAAUUCACCCCCCAGGGGAAGGAGGACAAUAGCAUGACGAGUCCUCUCUCGGCCAGCGGCUCCGACUUCCCUUGCAAGGGACACCACAGUGUCUAUGGCAGUCCUGAGGGCCAGUCUGUUGCGACUUGGACUCCAGGUCAGUCCUACAAAAUGACCAUCGUCGGCACUGCUUCCCACAACGGAGGCAGUUGUCAGGCGUCUCUUUCAUUUGACAGCGGAAAGACGUGGAAAGUCAUCCACUCGUACGUUGGAAACUGCCCUCUCCAGGGCGAGUCGAGCUUCGACUUUACUGUGCCUGCUGACACACCCGCCGGUAAUGCCCUAUUUGCCUGGUCUUGGUUCAACAACCUAGGCAACCGCGAAAUGUACAUGAACUGCGCCGCCGUGACCAUUGGAGGCGGUGCCCCCAAGAUCCGCAAGGCUCGUGGUGAUACCACCCCCUUCAGCAGCCGGCCUGCCAUGUUUACUGCCAACAUCGGCAAUGGUUGCUCAACCGCCGAGAGCAAGGACGUCGUCUUCCCCGACCCCGGCCCCGAUCUCGAUACGAAAUCUGACAAGUCUGCUCCACCGGUUGGAAGUUGCGGCACUAAGGGAUCCGGAUCCGCAUCUGCAUCUGGAUCCGCUUCUGCUCCCGCUCCGGCUGCCUCUGGGGCCGGCACAGCUCCUCUGAACAACAACAACAACAAGAACAACGCUGGAAACUCCAGUGCUCCUCCUGCUGGUGCCAGUACUCCUCCACCCGCACCGGUCGCUACUGCCGCAGCUACAAGUACACCUAAGCCGGUUGGUAGCGGAGGAUCUUGCCGUGCCAAGUAA